AUGGCAUUCCAACUCUUCUCAACUCCUUCAAUUCUCCGCCUCGGCCUGGGUGUAGGCCUCGGCAUCUCCGCCGCAACCCUGCACCCCUUCUCACCCUUCCACGUCGCCCCAAUGCAAUGCCAAUAUAACGCGCCCUUCUCGCAGAGCAAUGCCGACACACCUUGGGCGGUUAAGCCGGAGGAAUCUCUCCUACAGAAAAAGGGACGGACGACGGGUCUGACCCAGGAGCUUAGUCUGGGUAGUGUGUUGGGACUUGUUGCUGGGGUGGGAUUGAGGGCGUUUUCGAAGGCUUUGGUUGUACUUUUGGGUAUGGGGGUUGUUCUUGUUGAGUACGCUGCAUCCAAGGGCUACAAUAUCCUUCCUCUCGAUCGAUUGCAGAAGUAUGUGAAGAACGUUAAUCUGCGCCAGGCCAUGUCCGAGCACCGUCCAUUCAAGAUGAGUUUCGGCGUAACGAUGGCGCUGGCGGCAUUUGCGCACUUCUGA